CCCAGAGUAUAAAGCCAACCCUUGGGCACAGGGACAUUAAGACUUCCACACAGCUUGGCAGCAGUACCCAGUGGUGGAAGAUGUGCCAGACCCAGCUGUUCCUGGCCCUGCUGCUCCUGUUCUCCUGCCCGUGGGCCAAUACCAGUGCUCUAUGGGGUCAGAUUGUGGGGGGCCAUGAGGCUCAGCCCCACUCCCACCCUUACAUGGCAUACCUAAAGAUAGGGAAGUCCGCCUGCAGAGGCUUCCUGGUGGCCCCUGACUGGGUGAUGACAGCUGCACACUGCAUGGGGAAUGCCACAGUCAUCCUGGGGGCUCACAACAUCCAUGAACCAGAAACAACCCAACAGGUCCAGGGAGUUCUCAGAUACCACCAGCACCCUGAGUACGACCCCACCACCGUGUCUAACGACAUCAUGCUGCUCAAGCUGACAGCAAAGGCCACGCUCAACAACUACGUCAAAACCAUCCCCCUGCCCAAGACCAGCAGCUUCCUCCCCACAGGCACCAAGUGCAGCAUAGCUGGUUGGGGCCUGAUCGACAAGGACCAGGAAACCAGCAAGCUCUUUGAAACCAAAGUCUCCAUCUACAGCCGCAGGAAGUGCAUCCACUUCUAUCCACACCUCAACGCCGGCAUGGUGUGUGCUGGCAGCUUCCAUGAGCUGAGGGACUCCAGCCAGGGUGAUUCUGGAGGGCCCCUGGUGUGCAAUAAGGUGGCGCAAGGCAUUGUUUCCUUUGGGCAUGACAACCCCCCUGGGGUCUAUACCCGCAUCUCCAACUACCUGCCCUGGAUCAAAAAAAACAUGAAGAAGUAACAGCAACAUCAGUGCGGCCCUGGAGACACCCUGGUUUCCUUCCAGCCCCUACCAAAGGCUCAGCUCCCUCUCCUUUCCUUGGGAACCCGAGUGCCCUGAUGGAUGCCCGCAAGGGCCUGUUUCUUUGUUCUGAGGCUGCUGGCUGUCCCACUGCCUGCCCAUGCCAGAAAGCCAGUUUGGUGCCACAUUAAGUCACCCUGACAGAAGGGAGGAUUGUCCCAGGUGGCAUCAGAAAGAGGCUGCACCACUGGGGAUCCCAUUUCCUUCAGAGACACCCCUGUCCCUGCUUAAUCCUUGCUGCACUUGAAACACCCACAGUAAACUCAGAGCUGCCUUUUUCAGCUUAUCUGCCUCCUCUUUCCUCGCACCUCGUCCCAGGGAGGAGGGAGGGCCAGGUCAGCAGGUAGAAGUGCAGUCAGCCUGCUGGGAUGGAGGCAGCAGGAGCUCUGCAAUCACCAGGUUGCUACCAGGCUGAGAGAAAAAGAGCUGCAGCUGCUGCUUCUGGAGCCACAGCAAGACUGCCAUAGGGAGCAAAAUGCCCAAGCUGAAAGUGAAUCGGGUGGGGGCUCACUGCAGGUGGGAAGGUUUUCCUGUGAGGGGCUCCCAGCAGGCCUCUGCCAGGGAGAGCGGUCACGCACAGCUCAGGGCCCUGUGCUAGCUCGCUCAAACAGUGCUUGCGCAGGGGAUCUGCUUCCCCUGUCCGUUGCGGGGUGGUGAUGGCAGAGAGCUGGGAGGCGAGGGGAAGCGAUGUGCACACACCCCAUUCACCAACUUCAGCAAUGUCAUGAGCCCUCCAGCGGCCAGUUCUCAGUCCUCCUCUAGA